UUUGCGGGCUUCCAGCAGGCCGAGCUUAGCAGCCUCUGAGCUCCCCUGGACCCUCACUCUGCACCCUUUCGGCUCCCCCUACCCCGACGUCUUUUCCCUGCUCUCUGCUUAAAGAGGCAAAGCUGGGGAGCUGGUUUCAUCAGCGCCACCGAACCGCUCUGCAAACCCAAGCGCAGGAUACUGCAAAGGGUUCCCGGGGACCUGAGCAUCCUUGGCGGUGGCUCAUUCUAAGAGCACUUGGUUUACAUCAAGGACCGUGGAAGAGUUUCUCCUCCACCUCUCCAUGCCAGCACUAUGCAGAGAUCACUCAGCGUCCCUGUGCUGUGCCUGCUUGUCAGUCUUCACACUGCAGGUUGCUUUUCUAUACAUAAUGACCAUUUGUUGGCAAUUCACCAAAAGAAGCAUGGGAAGCCAGCAUUCAUUUAUCACCAUACACAAGACAUUGAGAAGAGUCUGGAUAUAGCACCACAAAAGAUAUAUAAACAGAGCUACCAUUCCUCUUCUCAAGCUCAAUUGAGCAAGCAUCACCAAAUCGUUAAUUCAGCAUUUCCUAGACCUGGAUAUGAUCCAUCUCUUAAUCUUUUGGCUGAGGCUGGUCAAGAUCUUGAAGUGGAAAAGCUGCCUAUCCCCGCAGCUAAUGCGAUUGUGGUGACACUGCAAAUGGAUGUAAAUAAACUGAACAUAACCUUGCUCCGGAUAUUCCGUCAAGGAGUGGCAGCAGCGUUGGGCCUCUUAUCCCAGCAAGUACACAUCAACCGUCUCAUUGAAAAGAAGAACAGUGUUGAGUUAUAUGUGUCCCCCAUAAAUCGAAAAGGAGGCGUCCCUGAUCCUCUGCCAGCCGAGGAAGUGCUGCGUUCACUCAAUCUCAAUGUUCUGCAUCAAAGUUUAUCUCAGUUUGGAAUUAUAGAAGUCUCCCCUGAGAAAAAUGUUUUACAAGGGCAGCAUGAAGCGGACAAAAUCUGGAGCAAAGAAGGAUUCUAUGCUGUUGUCAUUUUUCUCAGCAUCUUUGUUAUUAUAGUGACAUGUCUGAUGGUUCUUUACAGAUUAAAAGAAAAAUUUCAGCUUUCCUUGAGACAAGAUAAAGAGAAAAAUCAGGAAAUUCACCUGUCACCCAUUCCGGUACAGCCAGGACAGACAGAAGCAAAGACAAUCAACAGUAUGGUCCAGCCUGAGCAGGCCCCAAAGGUGCUGAAUGUUGUGGUGGACAGUCAAGGCCGAUACACUCCUGAGAUCAAAGCUACCACCUCUGCCUGCCCUUCACCUUUCAAAAUGAAACCCAUAGGACUACAGGAAAGACGCGGGUCCAACGUAUCUCUAACAUUGGACAUGAGUAGCUUGGGGAAUGUUGAACCUUUUGUGGCUGUUCCAACCCCACGGGAGAAGGUAACCAUGGAGUAUCUGCAAUCAGCCAGCCGCAUUCUCACAAAGUCACAGCUACGGGAUGUCGUGGCAAGUUCACAUUUACUCCAAAGUGAAUUCAUGGAAAUACCAAUGAACUUUGUGGAUCCCAAAGAAAUUGACAUUCCUCGUCAUGGAACUAAAAAUCGCUAUAAGACAAUUUUGCCAAAUCCCCUCAGCAGAGUGUGUUUAAAACCAAAAAAUGUAACUGAUUCAUUGAGUACCUACAUUAAUGCAAAUUAUAUUAGGGGCUAUAGCGGUCAAGAGAAGGCCUUCAUCGCCACACAGGGGCCCAUGAUCAACACUGUGAAUGAUUUCUGGCAGAUGGUUUGGCAGGAAGACAGUCCUGUGAUUGUUAUGAUCACAAAACUCAAAGAAAAAAAUGAGAAAUGUGUACUAUACUGGCCAGAAAAGAGAGGAAUAUACGGAAAAGUUGAGGUUCUGGUUAUCAGCGUCAAUGAAUGUGAUAAUUACACUAUAAGAAACCUUGUCUUAAAGCAGGGGACCCACACUCAAGUCAUCCGCCACUUCCACUACACAGUAUGGCCAGACCAUGGAGUGCCAGAGACCACCCAGUCCCUGAUCCAGUUUGUGAGAACUGUCAGGGACUUUGUCAACAGAAGCCCAGGGUCUGGGCCCACUGUGGUACACUGCAGUGCCGGUGUAGGUCGAACGGGAACCUUUGUUGCAUUGGAUCGAAUCCUGCAACAGUUAGACUCCAAGGACUCUGUGGACAUUUAUGGAGCAGUGCAUGACCUGAGACUUCACAGGCUCCACAUGGUCCAGACUGAGUGUCAGUAUGUAUACCUACAUCAGUGUGUAAGAGAUGUCCUCAGAGCAAGGAAGUUACGGAGUGAACAAGAAAAUCCCUUAUUUCCAAUCUAUGAAAAUGUGAAUCCAGAAUAUCACAGAGACAUGGGCUAUUCAAGACACUGAGAAAAUACCUGAAGCUCUCCUGGAGGGAAAAAAUUUAUUCACUGUGUGAUUUAAAAAUAUGCAAACAAACAAACAAACAAACAAACAAAAAACGUGCUCCAUGCCUUACAUAGAUGCCAGCAAAGCCUGUUGAUACUAUAUAUAAUUUAUUAAUCUGGAGAAUUUUAAAGAAUUUAUGUAAUUUAAAGGUAACAUAUUAUUGUACAGAAUUGUGUUUUGUAGGUUCUGCUGUAAAUAUGUAUUUUUUU